GCUAAUUAUAAGCAUACUUUGUUUCUUUUAUCUAUGACAAACAAACUUUGUGGCAUGUGUCUUGCUCUUUUUAAGUCUAAAAAACUUAGAGAGAAGAAACGUAGCACGUAGCUGUUCUUAAGUAUGGGUUCUAGGCCAUCAAAGGUGCGUAAACCUCCGAUCAAAAGCGUAAAUCCUUCAUCGCGCUCAGAUAAGGAAGAAUGUGGAGAAGUAAACCGCAAUGGAAGCGUUAAUCAUCAAAAUCACGACAGACACCUGACUAGCCAAGACUCCACGACUCCAGAAAGACAAACUGCUCAUCCUAAGACCCAACUCAAUCAACCGGCUUGUCGAGGUAGGAAGCAAUGCAGUAUACCUUUUCUUCAUCCAUUCGAAAUCCUUACAGAUGACAGUUUAAAUUAUGCCGUUUUUGCGCUUCUCACUUAUCGACCUUAUCUUCAGUUAUUUAAUAUGGUGAUGGACUGAUCCCCUGUUCAUGCACUACCCGUAAAGACUGCCCAAAUUAACCAACGUUACAAAAUCUUGUUUCGAAUGAGUUCUAUUGAGAGCACUGCUAUCUAUAUUCCUACAUUGCUCAUGCCUUCGUUAUUUUAUUGACACGCAGUAGUUUUAGUCAAAAGCCAAAAUUAACUUCGACUCAGCGCGGGGAAUGGCAAUAAAUCGUUUCAGCAGUCUAAUUCAGAGUUUCAGUUCCUCCGGCAUUGCACUUAAUACUUGUGUCCACUUCAAUGCUAUACCGUAGAGCUUCUGCUUAGAGCUUCAACUCGUCACGCUUGUAAACUCGUCGACUCAUAAUUAAACACGUUUUCUCUUAUUUAGAGCAAUAACAACGUGACGGUUUAAACAAUAUGUCGUGUUGUUGUGCUUUGCUUCACCUUGGCAUCACAUUGCUGCUGUAAACUACAUUUAUCACUGAAUCUAGACGGAUGGCUGACUGUGAAGAAUCUCUAAUGUCCAUGACAAACAUCUGCGUCAAUCGUUAUACUGAAGCACAAAACAGUGAAUAUUAUUAUCUAAUUAUCGCCUUAAUUCAUGACCAAUACGAAGGGAAGUAACAUAUGACUUCGAGCAAUUUUUUGUUGGAAGGACUUUAAAUGUUUAAAACAAUCGCCCCACUCUCGUUGUAUUUGUUGGUCCAUUUGCGUAAUCCAACGGGGUAACCUAUGGACUGGGGUCAGUGUUUAGUCCAUCACUUUUAAGUACGCAUCAUACUAAUUCAAUCUGGGUGUACAUGUAAGUCUCUAGUAUAUUUUCUCCGGUAUAUCCUUUGUAAGUGUCAUAGUCUCCCUAACCAGGUUUUGAUUCAGUAGCUUAAUUUUCGCCCAUGUCUUUGACGUUAAUUCUGCUCUUCGUUCUUUGACAAACGUGAGCGUUACAAUGUUUUGAAAUGUCAAUAAAAACGCUAUGGAAACAAAAUUUUGCCAUCGUUGUUAAGUAUUUUGAAGAAGCUCUAAGAACGGAUGUGUUGGCGGUAAGUUGUGAAAUAGACUGAACUGGAAAUUGCGUAGCGUUUGCUUAGGGACAAGCAUACUUUUUGACGACAUAACGAAGCCAACUAAUUGUUUCGUAAAUUUCAGUCUUCGAGUCUCACUGACUCUCCUUUGAAACAAGGUUUUCUGGUGACGCUCAGUUGAGCUCAUUAACGCUGGUUGAAAUAAUUUAAUGACUUCGUCACAAUUAGGUUUUUGUGUCAGUUUUAGUUAUCGUCUACUAGACAAAGGCCUGACACGUAUGUCUCAUGGUUUUACAAACUGUGUUUGUUAAUGCGACUCAAGGUUAAUUACUGUGGGUGGACGAUUCAUUUUUCGUGGUUCAAUUAAACUAGGAAAACUUAUCAUCAGUCACGAAAACCUCAUCGAGUUGUUGCAAAUGUGUUCCAUACAACAUAUUACUAUUUCUCAACGAACGACUCACGGUAAAAUUUCCGCGCAGCCACAUGCUACAUUAUGCAUUCAGUUCCUGGAUAGAGAAAACAAUGACAAAAACAAUACAUUGCCAUUGGGAAAACAGAUUUGUUUAGCAAUAGUAUGGCACUGUGCGUAAAUUUUACCCGACUCACUAACACGUUAGUCCGCGACGCGUACAUACAUGUGCGGAAAACUAAUCACGCGCGCAGUUGUUGGGGUGAGGACAAUAAAUCCACGCUCUGCUGAUGAUGUCUGAGGCAUUUCUGUAGGGUAAUCCAUGAGAACAAAACACGUUCUAAAAUUUAAUUGUAGCUUGUAUGUCUGUCUUUUCUUAUCCCGUUUCCUUCUUUGAAGCCAAUUCGAAGCCCUUAUGGCGAAUUGUACUUUCAAGAAGCAUGCAAGAUUUUUUCGAAACAGGACAGACUGGUACUUUAGGUUGAAGUGUUCUUUAUCAAUAUCUAUAAGUUUCACAAACCAUCAGCUUUCAUGUACGGACGAUAAAAUAUGGUGUGUGUUUCUAUAGGUAAUUGAUGGAUACGAGCGUGCGAGGAGAACUGUAACACAUGACUAAGUUUUGACAGUUGCUUGGAUUUUUUGUUAGGUGAGAGAAAACCGCAUUCUCUCGAUGCAAACAACACCCAGACAAAUGUUGGAUCGCAGAGAGAUUUCGGAAAACGGCCCAAGCGAAGAUUCGUGCAGGUAAGGCAUUUGCAAGCUUAGUUCUUUAUCGUUUUCUUAAACCAUCUGCAGACGUAGUACUGUGGUAGAAGUAGUAAAACGUUUAGUUUAAUUCUGUUUGUUUGUUUUUUUAAUUCGACAUGGUGUUUUAAUAAGGGAGAAUGUACAACUACUCUACAUCCUUAAAUGUUCAGUCAUUAAGACUGAAAAUCACUUUUCUAUUUUAAGGCAGUAUUUCUUUUCAAUAUAAAAGAAAAAGAAAGUUUAAAAUAUCAUAUCUUUUCAAUAUUUUUUGUUUGUUCAUUUCCUUUCGCCGUUAAUUCUUUCAUCAGAAAGAAAACAUAUUGUGUAUCAAGGUUGAGAACAGAUUAACAAUUGAUUUUAAGGACCACUCGAGAAAGAAAGGUAUAAUUUCAGUUAUCUGAUUAACCAGAGAUGUUUCUCUAUUUGACUUACAGGCGACGUAUCGUUCAUGUCUCAGACUUACAAUCAGAGUACUUCGUGGACGUAAUAUAACUAUAGGCGGCUUGGAAGGCAUGAGUAAGUGUUUAAUAAACAUUUGUGCAUGUUCAAAGUAAUCACCUUUAUCAGACGUCUUCUUGGCUCAGUCCCUUGCAUUAAAAAGCCUCGGUUGUUUCUGAAAUUUUUUCAAGAUUCAAGUGGACUUAAAGCAGACAAAUUGAGAUUAAAAAGGUUAAAAGCUAGGGAAACGAUGACAGAAAAGCAGACAUUGAAAAGGAUAAGUGAAGACGUAUUUUUAAACCCUUUAGAGGGUUGGAUAUGGUAAUUAAAUGAUAAACAGAGACGAACGACGCAAUUUUUGCCCAGACUACUGACAUUAUUAGACGAGAAACCGUUAGGGAUCCAGAACUGUGUGUUGUAGGAAAGCAGUACGGUUCCUUAAUAAUAUCUGCCAAAGGCUGCAUAAUGCAUUAAAAUAAAACGUUUUCAAAUACUUUUCAGUAUUUAAAUCAACUGUAGUAACUGUAAAAAUAAAAUUAGUCUGGAAGCAGGCGCAUACUGGUACCGCGGCACGAGAGCAAUGCCCAUAGCUUUCGGGCCAGCGAGGGGUCUGGCAUUUUUGUUUCCAGACCUCGUAAAACACUCACGCCGCAUUUGCGUUAACCUCGAGAAAGCAGCCAAUCGUGUACGCCUAUUAAUAAGUACAUUCAAUCGUAUAAUUCUCUUCAGUUGAUACUCCUGAUCCCUAUGUCAAGUUAUUUAUACCAACUUCACCAAACGGGAAACGAAGAACCAAGGUUCAGAGAAAUACCUCUAAUCCGGAAUGGGAUGAAAUGUUCCAGUUUUUUCUUGACCCGGAUAAGAUGAAUUUGUUACGUAAGUAGGCAUUGCUCGUAUAAAAGGGUCACGAUAACAGUCCAAACAUUAGAAGCAAGGUCAGCUGAAAUAUGUGCGUGACUGGCGCGUGAUUCGCGCUCGCCAAGGGCUUACCACAAUCUGCCAAAAAAUGACACACGUACACGCACUCAGAAUAUACCUGUUUGGCAGGCCAAGUAAUAAAAGUGAUUGUUCAACUUCGUGGAGAUUACUAGUCAUAAACCCUGCGCUCAAGUGACCAUCCUGGUUGUUUGUCUUUUUUUGUAAUAUUGGGUAAACUGAUGAGAAUUGGCUCAGGGAUGGUUGGGAAAUGGUUACAAAGGUGAUAUAAUUGCACGUUUUGUUUUGUUGGGUUCUUUUUUGAAAAAAAAAAUAAGAUCCAAAAGUGUUAAGUCUAAAGCAGUUUAAAAAGCUGUAAAACGCAGGAAAUAUUAUUAACCUUUUUUUCCAAAAAUCCAGAAUUUUUCAAUACAAUUGUUCUUUUUUCAGAAAUAACACUGAUGGACUGUGACAUAUUUCAUGACGAUUUGGUCGAGAAAGAAAUCUUCGAACUCGGAACCUUGAAGGUCGACGAGACUUAUGAGAAGACGUUCACGUUUCGGAAGGUAAAACAACUGAUUAUGAGCCAUGGAAACUGGGUUGAGAAACUGGUUAAAGUUUAUCGAUGAAUAAAGGGAGUCAGUUUCGAAAGAAAUUGUGGUGCUGCGUCGGUGGGAGAGCAUAACAGGGUAAUUUAGUGUUAUCAACAGAGUUUAAAAGGUAAAUUGGCCACCGUAAAGAGUUUAAAGGCUGACGUUUCGAGCGUUAGCCCUUCGUCAGCCUUUAAACUCUUUACGAUGGCCAAUUUACGUUAUAAACUCAUUUGAUAUCACUAAAUUACCCUGUUAAGGUUUAUCGAGUCCUGAUAACGUCACGCAACACUCGUCCCAAUUAAGAUUUUGUGUUUUUCAGGGCCGUAGUUUGGGGGCAUGCCCCCCCCGGAAAAUGUUGAAAUCUAGAGGCUCAGAAAUGCUAAAUUUUUUUCUAGGGAUUAUUUUCUUAAUUAGACGUUUCUUCAAAAUGAAAAAAAGGCCAAAAUCAAGAUGAGACAAUUGCCUCGUCUUGCCUCAUGCUAGCUACGGCCCUGUUUUUAAUCGAUUUUCAAACCAUUUUGCUAAAUUAGUCUUAGACUUUGUUUUUCUUUGAAAUUUUACUUUAUCAGGUGUCUGAAGUUGACGUGGAAAUGAGAGUGGAAAAUUGGUAUGCACUGUUUUUGAUUUUGAGUCUCUGUAUUAGAACUUUAGUGCGACUGAAAGUGUGUGAAAAUUUGAAAACAAACCAUUAUGUUUCACUCGUGACUUGGGAUUUUCUUUUGCUCGAAUUUUAUUAAACAAGAAUUAUUUUUCAUCCUGUUCCGUAUGUUUGUCGUCUUGGGAGCUGAUUUUUUUAGUGCAGCUAAGUUUUCCCUUUAUUACCAACCGUUCAUCCCCAUCCCCCUCCCUCCCCAUCCUGAUUUAUAAUCCUCUCAGGGGAAAUGUUCCCAAUUUAGAGGUGAGUCCCGGUAACACGCCUGACGACUGAUUGUAAGUCCAUUACUUUACAGCACCGCUAGCGAAGAUAUGCGAUACAGCAUGGAACUUUGCGAGGAGGAAGAGGAAUUUCUUUCGAAAAGAAAACAGUUUGUUUUUGACUCGAUGAAAACAUUUCUUGGUGAACGUGGACCCAAAACAAUUGACGAAGUAAGUAAAUUGUAAAUCCUUGCAACGUCUUUCGUUUCUUGUAUUUUUAGAGAGAUGGUUGUUAUGUGACAGUUUUAACUUUAGUUUUGGCUCAAAAUUUUGUUGACGUGACUUGCAUUUUUGAAUCAGGUUCCCACGGUCGCUGUUCUGGGGUCUGGGGGCGGGUUUCGUGCCAUGGUGUCUCUGAGUGGUGUGUUCUGUGCUUUGAAGGACAUGGGUGUGUUGGACUGUGCCAUGUAUGCAGCAGGACUAUCGGGUUCAGCUUGGUUAGUACUUCUAACGUGUUUUGUUUGUACAUGCUCCUAUCAGAUGUCGCUGGAAGCACGAAGAGGCGGACUAGAGGGUGAAUUUCGCGCAGAAUAAAGGCGCUUGUCAAUUAGAAAACAUGUGGUUGUGGAAGUGUUGCAAGUGGAUGACUUGGCCUAGUUGUUACUUCAUCGUUGGAAAAUUGAUGAUAUUUUAUUUUUAUUAAAAAUUUUAAAUAUAUACAAAAAUAUUUUUUAGUUAAAUGCAGGCAAUUGUUUAUUAUCCUUCAAAUAUUUUUUGCUGUGUGCGAGGCAAAAUGGAAUGGGUAGAAAUAGCCUUAUGUCAAAACAUUUAUUGCGCGCGAUGUUGACUCUUUGGUUUCCUUUCUUAGGAUCAUUUAAACAGGCAGUACGUCAGGUGAUGUGUUUAGGCAAGAAAUUAUGGUUUAGGCCAUUCUCAAGCGAGCAAAAGAAUGAAUGGAUCUUAGCAUUUGAUUUUGGUAGUAUUCUUAACGCGAAUGUUUUGAUUUCCAAGGUAUCUGUCUACUUUGUACUCUCACCCUGAGUGGCCGUACGUUCAUCCAAGAGUGAUCCGGAAGACACUGCAAGAAAACGUUAAUGAUAACUGGAUGUGGCUGUUAAUAACGCCAUCUUGGAUGUACAGACAUCUAAAGAUUAUCGUAAAGAAGAAAAGGCAAGGACAGCCAGUCAGCUUUACUGACUUCUUUGGUUAUUUGGUCGGCGAAACAAUCCUAAAGGAUGUAAGUUAGUGAAGCCUUUUCUUUUCUAGCCGGCAGUCUACAUAGUUAGUGGUGAAAUAAAGCUAUUCAGUGGAAAUAGUACAGUAGUGGAGAAACUCUCGUUGAAAAUUUUCUUUCCAAAAAUCCGUUCUAUAACAGUUUUUAAGACAACUUCGUGGCUAGGAGGCUUUUCUCUUCAAACGACGUAGUGAAGGGAGAAGGGGGCUGGUUCUCCUUACGUUCUAAAGACGAGGUCGCUCUUUGAUAUGACGAUUAGCAAAAGACAAAAACAAAAACUCGAAAAUAAACGAAAGUUCAAACAAAAUAAAACAAAGCGAAUUCGAACAUAGCCUUAAUUCACAUAACUUUAUUUCCCUUUUUAUUUCUUUUUUUUCUAACAGAGAGACGACAUUCCGAAACUAAGUCAACAACGGAAGAAAAUCAAAGAUGCCACAGUACCAUUUCCACUGUACACCUGUGUGCAUGUGAAAAAAGACGUAUCUGCCAAAGAAUAUUGUGGUAGGUUCAACUAGUAGGCAUAGUAACCUGAAGGCCUUUAUUGCUUCUCACCACGUUCUUUAGGAAGCUUGAGUAUGACAACCAGCCGUCUGAAACGGCUGGAGAUCGGUGUAGAUCGAUUGUAGCUGAACGUGGUUUUACGAAGCUCAUUCAGUGGCGGUGAUGGCCACAAACUGAAUGAACGGCGAAUUUUCUUUUGCCUACUAUGCUUAGGUGGAAAAAGCGACUUAAAAACCGCCUGUCAUGAUCUGUGAUGCCAAUAAAUCAGUUCGAAAGUCCCUUGAUUAGCACCUGCGGCUGGAUGUGUGGUUAAUCUCUCUAUCAUUUCACCAUGUACUAUCAGUAGGUGUGGCAUGCUGUUUUUCGCAUCCGAAAAAAAUCGCACUGUACAAUUAAAAAACGGAGCUAAACAGCGAACGCCAACAGGUUUUUGUCAGUGUAAAGACACGACCGAGUCCUCUCCAACUCUUCUGGAACAUUCCAUGUGCAGGGUUAGAUCUCUUUCCCGUGGUUCAGGUGAUAAAGUGAAGCUUAAUUAUGUGCUUAAGAUUGGCAAAUGACUGAAUUGUUUCGCUAUUGACAGAAUGGCUGGAGUUUUCUCCGUUCGAAAUAGGCAUAGCAAGGUAUGGGACUUAUAUGAGGACGGAACGCUUUGGUAGCAAGUUUUUUUGUGGUAAACUUGUUGCUCCGUACCCUGAGCCUCCACUUCACUAUUUACAAGGUAAGUAAGUGAUCUCUUGAUUGUCAACCAACGCAUGAGGAGGGGGAGGUUGUGGGUGGGUGGGGCUUAGCGUGCUGCGUGGGCCACGACCUUGUUAGAGACAAAUAUUUUCAAAGGUUUUGGUACGUUGACCUCGUCCAGUUACAUCUAGUAAAUUCGGACAGAAAAUUUAAAAUUUGGUGCAAAGAAAAUUUUCAAUAUUUCACUUGUGGACCUUGCUUCGCUGAGGCUCACAUCCUACUCAAGACUUUGGAUAAAGUGAGACAAUUUGCUCAGGAGGCUAAAAAGUGAAGUUUUAUAUACCCUAUUUAAGACUCGAGAACCCGAAAACCACAUCCAGUUUAGUGGCUCAUGACCCUUUAUGCCAAACAAGGAGGGAGAAGGGGGUGGUGGGGGGGUGUUGAUGUAAGUUCAAGCUGAUUGAACAAACACCUCAACCUGGCCUUCUCAUAUGAUCCCUUUCUGUACGGCCGGAUUAUUUUCUAAGAUCUCACCUUGACACUCCGUCCUUAGUGAAAACUUUGAUGUGUCCUCCGAGAAUAUUUCGUCAUGUCUGUGCGCCAUUUGUCUUAAUCCGCUUUGAGGUUCCCAACGAGCUCGUUUUAUUUAUCGCAUUAAAAAUUUUGCUUUGAGUGAACUUUUAAGACUUAACUGCUAAAACAAUCAACCAUUUACAGUUGUUCUAGUUUCAUCAUCAUUGAAGUCGUCAGUGAUUAAUAUGAAUUUUUAAUGUGAUUGUAGGUUUAUGGGGAAGCGCGUUCACCAUACUCUUGCAGCGUGUUCUCACUGAAGGAAGAAUCCCAGAUGACACAAUUGCUGAUAUGAGUAAUCGUGGAGAUCUCAGAGAGGAAUUGAGUAUGUGGUUAUAAAUAGUCUUUUUUCACGUAAAAACCAGUAGAAGUUACCAUAUUCCUAGCCACUUCAGGACAUGGAAACUGGGUCAAGCUUUGACAGUUAUAUACCAUUUCUGCAAAUACUUAAGGUUUCAAUUUUAUAUUUUAGGGGAAAUGAUUGACUGCCAAGAUGGACGUGAUGACGUAGAUAGUGACAGCGAUAAUGAAGAAGAUGAUGACGAUGAUGUGGAUGGUGUCAUGCUCGAAAACAAUAAUAGUGAUGAAAUUAAGGAAAAUGAUAAAGAUGGAAAAGGUUUCUUUGGUCGAUUCUUUGAAGUCCUUGUAGACAAACUUGCCGUAUUUAGAACGCGAACUGGCCGAGCGGGACUGGUACAUAAUUUUCUUCGCGGUCUUCAAAUUUUAGCGGCACCAUUUCUUUCAGGUUUGUGCCUCUGUUAAUCAGAAUUAUUGUAAUUUCUUCCAUCGGCUUCUUUAGUUUUGUUGAAUUGAAUGAACAACAGGCCAUGAGCAACUCAGGAGAGAGACUGGCGAGUAAUGAUUACAUUGACUGAAAUAACACCGCAUAAAUCAUCCACUUGCAAUUGAAAACCAAAUGAUCUUUGGUUGGUUUACAAACUUCCAAACAGGAAAGCGGUAGGGGAUAGGUAGGUGCGCAGUUAAUCUGAUUCUGACAUGUAUCCGCAAACUUAUACGGAAUCUUGAUUAGCCACAAACGAAAGAGAAACAACUGCAAACUAAUGAGGCCGUACGAAAACUGAGGCAUGCAUGAAGCAAUAGGGAAAUGGAGCCAGGCUGUAGUUUACAAUUUACUUGUAACAAAUUGGGAAAUCCUUAGUCACUGCCUUUUAACUAAUUCUGAGAAUUUACGUGUAUUCCAGUGGAUAGCUUUCUUUUACCUCCCUACUUUAAUCUGAUUUCUUUAACAGUCUUGUGAAUAUAGAUUUCAUACUGUUAUCAUGUUUUGCAGAAGGAGAUGACGAAGAUGUUACGGCGGAUGCCGCUGACGAGUUAGCUCUCAAUUCUCGGCAUAUUUACUUGGUUGACGGCGGGCUCGUGUUCAACUCCCCAUUCCCUCCCCUACUGAGACCACAACGCAAAGUGGAUGUUUUCAUAUCUUUUGACUUCAGUGUACGAAAGAGAGAUGUUGAAUUUCCUUUUGAGGUAUUGUAAAAAGAUUGCAUCUUAAGAUUUGACUACUUAAGAUAAACCCAGUUGUAGGCUUUUACCGACUUAGCACAAGCCUGAACAGGUUUUUUUCUGUCAUUAACAUAUUGUUAGACAGUUGGGGUAAGCCAGCUCGAAAAGCACGCGCGUAAGGGAGGCAGCAGGAGUCUGUUCAGAAACGUCAUUUCACUCCCUGAGGCUCUGUCUCUUUUCUAACUAUUUCAGUUCUAAGUACUCACUCUUAAAUACCCUAUCGGUAGGCAUUUUUGGGCAUUCGAAAUGAACAACAAAGUACUUGAAAAACAUCCGACAUUAUAGAACUAAAACCUAAUUAAAACUCCCUGUUGAGGACUCUGAGCAAGGUCAAGGACAAAUGCAAACACGACUAGCGAUAACAAUUAUCGUACGAGAACUAAGCCCUACUACAAUGGCCAAGGACACAUCACUAAAAGGGUAAAAAUAAAUGCGUGGUCUUGCACAAGACUCGCACCCUUGUCUGAGUCCAAGAUAAUCUAACAAACCCCAAAAGCUUAGCCAGAACAUUCCUAAUUUUAGUAGUUCCCAAAUACUUCAAAUUCUUAAUAGUUCAUAGCAAUAUGAUAAAAUAAUCUUGGCUUGAGGUCAAAAACUCUCCGGUAAAGUUAUUCUUCCCGUGUGUCAGAAGAGAAGGGUUUCGUCCUAAAACUUUUGCUAAGGGCUCAUAUCUUUGGCGAUUUGCAAUUGCGCGGUCAGAUGCCUUAUCUGUAUGUUACUGAAAGUCUAUGCGGUCGAAAGCUAUGGUUUUAGAUACACUUCAGCCCAGACAUAGCUCACCAAUACGAAUUCCUUAUUUGAUCUUCAUAUACCUCAAUCUGUUUUAUCUGUGUCUCCUUAGGAACUGUUAUUGGCAGAAAAAUGGGCCAGAGAACACAACAUGAAAUUUCCUCCCAUUACAGCUGAAUUGCAGUACAGAAAACACGGCAUAAAAGAGUUCUAUAUAUUUCGUGAUCCAAACGAUCCAACUUGCCCAAUUUUAAUCCAUUUUUUGCUGGCGAAUAAAACGUUCAAGGAAGAAUCUAGACCAGGUAUUACUUGUUUCCUAUUAUUUUAUAUCAUGAGAGUCAGUUGUUAGAUUGUACGUAGAUCAAACGAUUGUGAUGAGUUAUGGUAUCCAAGUUUUACCAAGUAAUGAUUUAAAGUAUUGGAAAAUGAUAACAAUAACUUCGCAUGGUUUAUUGCCCCUAAGACGCUAACCCCGAGUCUUGCAUGCCCAUACCAUACCUAAAGGCUGAACUUUAUUCAACAAAAGAAAAAUCUUAGUACCAUUGUGCUCUUUUAUUUUUCUAGGGAUAUUUCGCUGUACAGAAGAAGAAAUAGAUUACGCUAAUUUUUCACUUUUCGAAGGUCGCCAUAACCCUUAUAGCACGUUCAACUUCCACUAUCGGGAAAACGAGUUUAGCCGCCUGGCUGAUCUCAAUGAAUUUAACACAUUACUCGGUGAACAAACCAUUAAAGACAUUCUGGCAGAUUGUGUAAAGAGACGGCGUCAACAAACUGUGGAAUCAUCGUGAUUGAUAGAACUUUAGACUAAUUUUUUUUUGCGAUACUGACGCGAGUUUUGCCAAGAAUAAAAAUGUUGUUGCCUCAACAAAGAGGUGUCUCCAUCGGGGAGCAUAACAGAGGUUCUGUAGCAACCAUGGUGUGAGUUUCCUCCAAUGACUAGCACAAAGAGAUUAUAAGGCAACACUUUAUCAGUACGUAGUGCGUAAGCGUAAGCCACAGUUUUUCAAAGGGUUAUAGGCAAUUCUUAUUAUUUAUGGGUUGAGGCUUAGGCUGUCUUUGCACGAGAAAAGACUGAAAUCAUGAAUACGAGACUGUGCUCUCGCCGCAUCUCAUCGAUCCUGUUAAGCAACAAAUAUUAUGGGUAACUUUGUAAAACAUAUUAUGGUUUCCUCUGGUAGACACACUGCUUUCCUGAUGGCUUUAUAUGAUAAAUCAUAUAUGUAUUAUUUAUCCAGACAUGGAAAUAUAUUUUAUUUAAUAGACA